UCCUGUCCCCCACCUCCGUCGGGUGAGUCAGGCCAGAUUGCCGUUGCCCUGCGGUUGGUUCCGUCCCUUCCUGUCCCCCACCUCCGUCGGGUAAGUCAGGCCAGAUUGCCGUUGCCCUGGGGUUGGUUCCGUCCCUUCCUGUCCCCCACCUCCGUCGGGUGAGUCAGGCCAGGUUGCCGUUGCCCUGCGGUUGGUUCCGUCCCUUCCUGUCCCCCAUCUCCGUCGGGUAAGUCAGGCCAGAUUGCCGUUGCCCUGCGGUUGGUUCCGUCCUCUCCUGUCCCCCACCUCCGUCGGGUGAGUCAGGCCAGAUUGCCGUUGCCCUGCGGUUGGUUCCGUCCCUUCCUGUCCCCCACCUCCGUCGGGUUGUGCCCCGCGUCCUGCCCAGGCGUUCCGCGGCCCACCCAGGAGGCUAGCCUACUUGAACUCCUUGAAGUCCCCAGCCUCAAGCCAAGCCUAAAGACCUCCUUGAACUAAAGGUCUCCACAAACGUCAUGGUCUCAACAACUUGUCCUGUCCUUUAGUUUUGUCCAAUCCUGUUCUCAUUACUUCAGUGUCUGCAGCCUGCAUUUGGGUCCAGUCUCCAUGCCCCCCAUAUGACAAAACUCUCUUUGCAGGACCCCCUCCCCAUUCCUACCCGCGUCACAGGUCCCUACGUGGACCACAGCAUCCAGCUGAUCACCCUCCCUCCUGAGAAUACCGAGAACUCGAUCCGAGAUAUCGCAGACCCUGGCACAAGGGAGGCAACAGACCAUUCGGGAUUCUCGAUCUCUCCCACAGAACCUCCUGUGCUGUGUCUGUGAGACUGGGUUCGAUGGAGCUUUCACUGUGUGCUGUGUCUGUGAGACUGGGUUCGAUGGAGCUUUCACUGUGUGCUGUGUCUGUGAGACUGGGUUCGAUGGAGCUUUCACUGGGUGCUGUGUCUGUGAGACUGGGAUCGGUGGAGCUUUCACUGUGUGCUGUGUCUGUGAGACUGGGAUCGGUGGAGCUUUCACUGUGUGCUGUGUCUGUGAGACUGGGAUCGGUGGAGCUUUCACUGUGUGCUGUGUCUGUGAGACUGGGUUCGAUGGAGCUUUCACUGUGUGCUGUGUCUGAGACUGGGAUCGAUGGAGCUUUCACUGUGUGCUGUGUCUGUGAGACUGGGUUCGAUGGAGCUUUCACUGUGUGCUGUAUCUGUGAUACUGGGAUCGAUGGAGCUUUCACUGUGUGCUGUGUCUGUGAGACUGGGUUCGAUGGAGCUUUCACUGUGUGCUGUGUCUGUGAGACUGGGUUCGAUGGAGCUUUCACUGUGUGCUGUGUCUGUGAGACUGGGUUCGAUGGAGCUUUCACUGUGUGCUGUGUCUGUGAGACUGGGUUCGACGGAGCUUUCACUGUGUGCUGUGUCUGUGAGACUGGGAUCGGUGGAGCUUUCACUGUGUGCUGUGUCUGUGAGACUGGGUUCGAUGGAGCUUUCACUGUGUGCUGUGUCUGUGAGACUGGGUUCGAUGGAGCUUUCACUGUGUGCUGUGUCUGUGAGACUGGGUUCGAUGGAGCUUUCACUGUGCUGUGUCUGUGAGACUGGGAUCGGUGGAGCUUUCACUGUGUGCUGUGUCUGUGAGACUGGGUUCGAUGGAGCUUUCACUGUGUGCUGUGUCUGUGAGACUGGGUUCGAUGGAGCUUUCACUGUGUGCUGUGUCUGUGAGACUGGGAUCGGUGGAGCUUUCACUGUGUGCUGUGUCUGUGAGACUGGGUUCGAUGGAGCUUUCAAUCUGUGCUGUGUCUGUGAGACUGGGUUCGAUGGAGCUUUCACUAUGUGCUGUGUCUGUGAGACUGGGUUCGAUGGAGCUUUCACUGUGUGCUGUGUCUGUGAGACUGGGUUCGAUGGAGCUUUCACUGUGUGCUGUGUCUGUGAGACUGGGUUCGAUAGAGCUUUCACUAUGUGCUGUGUCUGUGAGACUGGGUUCGACGGAGCUUUCACUGUGUGCUGUGUCUGUGAGACUGGGUUCGAUGGAGCUUUCACUGUGUGCUGUGUCUGUGAGACUGGGAUCGAAGGAGCUUUCACUAUGUGCUGUGUCUGUGAGACUGGGAUCGACAGAGCUUUCACUGUGUGCUGUGUCUGCGAGACUGGGAUCGAUGGAGCUUUCACUGUGUGCUGUGUCUGUGAGACUGGGUUCGAAGGAGCUUUCACUGUGUGCUGUGUCUGUGAGACUGGGUUCGACGGAGCUUUCAGCGUCCGCUGCGUCUGUGAGGCUGAGUCGGGCGGCGCCGUGGAGGUCCAUAGCGGGGGUAUUCCCUGCUGCCACUGGCGUGGGAUGGCGAGUCUGUCAGGACCCUGGGGACUUGUGGAAACUGUGUGGUGGUUUCUUUCAAACUUAGUCUUUUAACAUCUUUGGACUAUUUUUACCGUGCCCAUGGUCUGUUUUUUAUGAAACUAUCGUAUUGUCUGCACUGUUGUAACUACAUGUUGUAACUAUGUGGUUUUGUGCAGGUCUUGUAGCUUUAGUUUUUGGUCUUGUUUGUCUGGUGGAUUUAGAGCUCCUUUCGGGGAACGCACUAAGACGGUAGCGCGAUAUUAAUAUGCAGCAGCCUCUCCGGACCCUGGAUUGGGGAUUGCCAAAGGUUAUGUGGAUUUUCUGGUGUAGUCUGUUUUGUCAUGCGCUUUGUGAUAUGAUUCUGGAGGAACGUUGUCUCAUUUUGUAACUGCAUUGCAUUUGUGGUUUCUGAAUGAUAAUAAACUGAAUCUGAAUCUGAA